AUGCAUUUUUUGGAGAUCCAUUUAGUUCGAGAAGCGGUAGCCACUCGGCUGCAGAUCGAGAAGUCGCUUUUGCGUUUUAUUCAGAUUGUAAUUCGACUUCAACAGGGACUUCGGACCAAACUGAUAACCUGCCAGCUCUUCCGUAUAGCAGUACUUUGGGUUAUUACUCCACCGAAGACUGGGGAGGUGCAUCGAACACCAAUUGGCGAACAGAUUUGCAAACUGGGCGCGAUCGUGCUAGCUCUUGGUGAGGUUUGGUGCUUACCUGGUGGUGGCUCAGCUCUCGUGGUUCCGUGUGGUUUGUGGUUGCUGCUGUACCCGUUCCGGGGCUGCGCCACUGGUCGCGAUUGCGCCUCGCCGAUUUGCUCUACUCCUUUGGCCAUGCAAUCGAUGAUACCGAAACGCGAAAUCGGUGCUCUCCAAUUCCUUAAAAGCAAUCCCGAGUACGAUGGGCGCGGUACUGUCAUUGCUAUCUGGGACACAGGAGUGGAUCCUACUGCCCGAGGGCUUCAGAUCACCUCGCACGGGGAACCAAAAAUUAUCGAUUUCAUUGAUGCUAGCGGUUCUGGAGAUGUAAAUAUGCUGGCGACCUUUAGAAUCACCGAUUCAUGGAGAACCAUCACCACUUUGACCGGUCGUGUUGUCUCUAUUCCACGCCAUUGGAAACCAGCAGACGGGUUGAUUCGUGUCGGUGUGAAAUCGGCUGCGGAAAUCUUUCCUGCAGCCCUAUUGGACCAACUUCGAGUGGAGACAGCGGAUCGUUACUGGCGCCCAACGAUACAAAGACUCUGUGAUUAUCUAAAAGAAGCUUCUAGCUCUCCACCCACACAAAAUAUCUCAUUACCGAAUCCAGUAACUAAUGAAGAUUCUGCUGCUGAUUGCAGAUCUGAAAAGAGUCAGACCGAUCGAAAUGGAGCCUCGUCUGCGGUCAGCUUCGUUUCCUGUAGGGAGGAAGUGGAGGAGCAAGAGAAAGAGCAAGGCGAAGUCGGUAGGGAGGGGAAGUCAGAACUGAAGGUUCCCUCGAUUCGCCCUGGCGCUGCGCCCAACUUUGGCUCCUUUCGGGAAUGGUUGGAUUCUGUUGAUAAGACCAAGGACCUGACUGCAUUGAAGGGAAUGGAGCGUAUUUUGGCCAUGCUGAACGACCAGCAGGAGUACUUUGUGCCCGUUUUCGAUUGCUUCGUUUUCAAGGGCGAGGAUGGCGAUUUCGUUGCAUGCGUGGACGUCAGUCCCUACGAGGAGACUCCUACGAAUCUUGCAGACAUGCCGUUAUUAAAGGACUUCAGCAUUGGUCGACAAGUGGCUCACUUCGGCAAUGACACCCUCCUCUACUUUACCGUCAAGAUUCUUGACGGGGGGAACCUUCUCCAGAUAGUAACGAAUUGCGGUUCCCAUGGGACUCAUGUGGCAGCAAUUGCGGCGGCGUACUUUCCGCCCUCCGAGAACUGCAAAGAUGACGAAGCCUCUAAAUCCUCCCAUCUUCCAGAAGAAGCCAGUCAGAAUGGCGUGGCACCUGGAGCUCAGAUAGUUAGCAUCAAGAUUGCUGAUACUCAUCUGAUGGGCAUGGAGACUAAUACGUCCCUCCUUUGUGCUUUAAAUUGGACUACCAAGCUAAAGUGUGACAUCAUCAAUUACAGUUUUGGGGAGAAAUCCUUUCUGCCGAAUUUCGGACGCAUCUACACUCACCUGACACAGUUCGUGAUGCACACCAACGUGGCCUUCGUCACCUCUGGGGGUAACGGCGGACCCGCUCUAGGCACUGUGGGCUCGCCCGGCGGUGCUGUUGAUGGUCUAAUUGGUGUAGCUCCCCUCCUGUUCCCCAAAAUGAUGGAGUACAUGUAUUGUCAACCAACGUGGAACAUUAAUUGUAGCAACAACAAGAACAAUGAAAAUACAACUGUACACAGUGAUAUUGUUGCUGACCCCAGAACCAUUUCCAGCGACUCAGCCAACGAAUUGACCAAUCCCAUGCCCUCGGCCUACACAUGGGGCUCCCGGGGGCCUUCACCCGAUGGGCAUAUAGGACUUACUGUCGCGGCUUGUGGAGCCGCCGUGGCUGACGUCGCGGCAUGGAAGUGCAGUGCGUUUGACCUUCUCAAUGGCAGCUCUAUGAGCAGUCCCUCAGUGGCUGGCGGUUUUGCUCUGGUACUAUCAGCCCUGCGUCAGAGCGAGUUCCAACCGUGCCUUCGAGUGCCCUUCAUUCUGUGGCGAGCUGCAAUCUUCGCCUGUGCAAAACCUCUCUCCCACCUCACUCCCUUGGAACAGGGGGCUGGGCUCUUUCAGGUGGAAGCCACUUACGAGUUUCUGCGGGACAUCAUUAGACCCGAACCAGCCCUAUCACCACCACUAUCACCGGUUAAUCAACUAGAGUCGCUACGAGCCUCAGGGACACCGUCAGCCCCGGCUGAUGGUGGCCUUGCUCAGCUUAGCCGAUUUUCAGGCUGGCGACUAAGCUGUCACGUCAGCGGUCCUGGAUGCAUUGUGGAGAACUCCAAGGGUCUUCACAGUCGUGGGAUUUGGCUUCGACGAGGUUGGUUACCGUUCUACCACCACUGUAAUGAUGGUGUCCAGUCCGCUCCUCCUAAAAUGUCCUACACUGUCCAUCUGGAACCACAAUUUUGCACUACCAUCUCAGCAGAGUUUCGGCGCGAUUUCAGUCUGAAUCUCAGUGUACAAGUGGGAUACCAGCAGUCAAACUCCGGCGACGACAUACAGCGUCCGAAUUGGUUGCAUAUCGCGCCCUUUGUGAUGCUAGCCAGUCGCAGCCGCACUUUGCCCCUCUUCAUUGAUCCCACCGCCUUCGAGAAGGCGUCCACAGGGGUUGUGGAAUUUAACCCUCCAUCACGAGUACACCACACGUGUGUAGCUUUUGUCAAUGCAGAUUCGCCGCAACACGAGGUGUUGGCUCUCCUGCCAAUCACGAUUCAGUUACCCGCGGUAACACACUUUGACGUCGACAACGGGGUGUAUAGCUUUAAACUGUGCGGCGACUUCUCCUACACCCAGAAGGUCUGUCGUUGGUUUGUUCGCAUUCCUCGUGGCUCCACGGCUGGAGUUCUGCGACUUCGUCGCGUGGAUUCUGAUGGAGACGUUCCCUGUGCCUUCACCAUCUCCAUCGUACAACCAACGCCGCUGGGGAGCGUGCAAGGUACAGGCUACGAGGUGGUGCAUCGGCGAAUCAAUCUCGUCAGUCGCACGGCCGGCGGCGUCGGUCUGACGGGGCGCAACGAGCCGCCAUCCGCCUAUGAGGCUGCCUCUGCCGACUUUGUCUUCGCUUUCGCCAUAGAAUGGGUGUGCGACUGUGUGGAGAUCACUGUGGCCCAGCAUCACGGCUGUGACACGCCCACCGCCUGUCGUAUUAGUGGACGGUUGGAGUUUCAUGGGCUGGAAGUAAGACCGGGGAAGCUUGUCUUUCACUCCUGCCAAACUUACUUCCCCGUUUCUUUGCGCUCGAAUUUCGGCCUUGAAAACAUAAAAUUCGACCUCGAGUCAAAAUACUGGAUACAGCCUGUCAGACCAGCAUCAUCCUCACGCUGCUACCGAAAGUUGGUCGCCUAUGAGGAAGGCUCACUGGGCCUUCCAGGGGUUCACUGUCUCUCCCUCAUCUACAACUUCCACUUCAAAACGGAUGGCGCUGUCUUCGAUUUUCGACGUCUCACCUCACUGCUCUACGAGGCGGAUGUUGUGCAGGUUGUCUAUCAUCUCUAUGACGGCUGUGGGCGCUUCAAGGGGGCUGGGUCCUAUCAGUCGAUCGCCAAUCCAAAGUACCGCUUCAAGUUAGCCAAAGGACCCCAUCAACUCAUUGCGAUGAUCCUCUAUGCCGACACUAUGAAGGUCUCCUACACCGCAAAGGAGUCUGAUGCAUUAGAUAAGCUGGCUCACUAUCCCCUCCUCGUUCGUUGGCCUCUUGCUGCUUCUAACGCUUCCUCAACCUGCAGUGCCUCCAACUCCACCUCCUCCGAAGGUUCAACUAGUUGUCAAUUCGUUUUGGAGGUCUCCACGAGUCUGGCCACUUUAGCACUGGUGGAUGUGGACUACGAGCGGACCUGUGCACGGUUCACUCACAACAGUAAUGGUGGUUGUGGUGAUGAAACCGUUGGGGAGGACGGAGGAGGCGAUGACCAGAAUGCCAAUUUGAAGUCCCCCAAGAGGGAUCCAAUAUUUGGAAAUUUGCAGAAGUUUCCCACAGUACCUGGACACCUCGCUGCUGGAGAAUGUGUGACAGAGGUCUUUGGGGUGGUUGAGGAGAAUUUCGCUCCCUACGCCAUAUCGGGUUCUUACUUCGAGGGCCGGGUGGCCUACUACGACAAUCGCGACCUCAAGAAUACCGUUAAACUACCUCUCGAAGUUUACGUGGGUCCUCGAGACAGCGGCGGUGCUACCACGCCACCGACCUCGAAAGCGCCCGUCGGCAGAGGUGUAUUCGGUCUGCGCGCCAGAGAUGUGUGGCUGCUGCGGUGGAUCGCAAAUGCUCAUUUCGGUCUCAGUGGCACGUCAAAUUGCUGGGUGACGCCGUAUGAAACCAAUAGUUUGUCCAAGUCUGCAUCAUCCAAGGAACGUAAAAAGAAAAACGGGGGGAGCAGCAACAACAGUACCAUCGGGAGCAACAAUAAGACGAAGGAGAGCGGCACAAACAUCUCCCACUACGUGACCGCACUGCUAAACGCAGGAAGCGAUGCCACGAACACAGAUCGUGCGGCAGUAUGGAAAGCGGUGAAUGCGGCCAUGGCGGAUCUAGUCACCGCCGCCAAAACCGCUGGCCCAGACGAACACCUGAGCUACCUACUCCCCUCUUCUUUCACCUGCACCGAAGAAGAAGAUGAUGAUGGAGGGAUUGGGGCCAUUCCACUGCUAGUUGGCGCGUCAUCAUCUACAGUGGCAACGGCGAUAGCACCAGGAGUGGAAGAGCUACAACCUGGCUUUUGGCUGGCCCACCUCUUUGUGCUUCAUCCGCAGUUGCCGCUAUUGGAUGCAUUAAUGCGUCUGGCAUUUGAGUUGGGGCCGCCCACAGUAAAGGGAGGGCCGUCACCUGCAGGCAUCGUGAACACAAAGCACCCAGACCUUACACAUGAGAAGGUCAUUAUGGACUGCGCCAGCAUCGCUUUUCCUUGGAUGGUUGAGCAACUCAAACGAAUGGGCUUAGUCGGUGUGGCUGGACGACUGGCGCGUCAGAUGCCGUCACGGUUCUCCACGUUCGAUUACACCCUUGUGCUUUCUCGUCUACCCGCAAGUGCGCCUCCCACCUCGCCAUCUUCUUGA